CACUUUUUUCUGGAGCAUUUUUUUUUUUCCUCCCCAGAAAACAAAAGCCGCGGAACCGUUGCACGCUCCUCACUCGGCAUCAAUAAGCAAACUUCAACCGGGGCCACUUGGGCGAGAGACGGCUCGCAACUUGAAAUUGGGGCACUGGGAAGUGAAGGAACUGCUGUAUUUGUUUGGGACGUGGACGGACAUCAAGUCAAAUCGAAUUUGUCUGUUUGACCUGUAGGCGUAAGAAUGUCGGCGUGGACCGGCAGACGUUGGGUCUGCAUCCUCUUCUUCCUCGCCUCGUGGCGGCCCCGCUGCUUCGCUCAGACGGCGACGGCGACGCCGCCGGCCGCCGCCCCUCGUCCGUCCACGUCGCCGCCGCCGUCCUCCGCGCAGCCCCAGACGGAGAAGCUGAAGGUCCGACUGGCCGGAUUCCCACGCAAGCACAACGAGGGCCGCGUGGAGCUCUUCUACAAGGGCGAGUGGGGCACCAUAUGCGACGACGACUUCUCCAUCUCCAACGCCAACGUGCUGUGUCGACAGCUGGGCUUCGUUGAGGCCAUCGGAUGGACGCACAGCGCCAAAUAUGGCAAGGGCCAAGGUAAGAUCUGGCUGGACAACGUGCAGUGCGGCGGCAGCGAGCAGAGCAUCGGCGCGUGCAAAUCUCGCGGCUGGGGCAACAGCGACUGCACUCACGACGAGGACGCCGGCGUGGUCUGCAAAGACGAGAGGAUUCCGGGAUUCGCGGACGCCAACGUCAUCGAGGCUCACGUGGACGAGAACAAGCUGGAGGAGGUGCGGCUGCGUCCGGUGGUGGCGGCGGCCAAGAAGCGUCUGCCCAUCACGGAGGGCGUGCUGGAGGUCAAGCACAAGAACAGCUGGGCGCAGGUGUGCGACGCCGGCUGGACGGCGAAGAACACGCGCGUGGUCUGCGGCAUGCUGGGAUUCCCUCACGAGAGGAAGGUCAACAAGAACUUCUACAGGUUGUUUUUGCAGCGUCAGAAGAACGUGUACCACGUGCAUUCGGUGGCGUGCACGGGCACCGAGGUUCACCUGGCCGCCUGCCCGCUGGAGUUCAACGGGCCCAAUGGCACGGCGUCGUGCCGGGGCGGCUCGCCCGUCGUCGUCAGCUGCGUGCCGGGACCGCUCUUCGUCCAGCAGAGCGCCAGACUCAAGAAGAAACCCAAAACUUCGAGCAACGUGCGGCUGAAGGGCGGGGCCCGGCUGGGCGAGGGCCGCGUGGAGGUGCUGAAGGGCGGCGAGUGGGGCAGCGUGUGCGACGACCGCUGGAACCUGCAGUCGGCCAGCGUGGUGUGCAGGGAGCUCGGCUUCGGCAGCGCCAAGGAGGCCAUGACGGGGGGGCGCAUGGGCCAAGGAAUGGGUCCCAUCUACAUGAACGAAGUGAAGUGCACGGGCCACGAGCGUUCCAUCUGGAGUUGCCCGUUCAAGAACAUCACGUCGGAGGACUGCCAGCACACGGAGGACGCGGCCGUGCGCUGCAACAUUCCCUACAUGGGCCUGGAGAACUCGAUCCGACUCGGAGGGGGCCGCACCCGCUACGAGGGCCGCGUGGAGGUUCUUGGUGCCGACACCAACGGCACAGAGGUCUGGGGUCUGAUCUGUGGCGAGACCUGGACCACCAAGGAGGCCAUAGUGGCCUGCAGGCAGCUGGGCCUGGGCUACGCUAACCAGGCUAACCAAAUCCGGAUAGUGGGCGGCCGCAGCGCGUACGAGGGCCGGGUGGAGGUUCGGGUGGGCUCCGAGUGGGGCACGGUGUGCAGCGCAGGCUGGACCACCCGGGAAGCCACGGUGGCGUGCAGGCAGCUCGGCCUGGGCUACUCCAUGCACGCCAUCACCGAAACGUGGUACUGGGACAGCAGCAACGUGACCGAGAUGGUGCUGAGCGGCGUCAAGUGCACCGGAAACGAGAUGUCGCUGACGCAGUGCCAGCGACACAAGACGCUCAGUUGCCAGAAGGCCGCCGCCAAAUUCGCCGCCGGCGUCAUCUGCUCAGAGACGGCGUCCGACCUGGUCCUGAACGCGCCGCUGGUGCAGCAGACGGUCUACAUCGAGGACCGGCCCCUGCACAUGCUGUACUGCGCCGCAGAGGAGGACUGCCUGUCCAAGACGGCCGCCGAGGCCAACUGGCCCUACGGUCACCGCCGCCUGCUGCGCUUCUCCUCGCAGAUCCACAACAUCGGUCGCGCCGACUUCAAGCCCAAAGCCGGCCGCCACUCGUGGGUGUGGCACGCUUGUCACGGGCAUUACCACAGCAUGGACAUUUUCACCCACUACGAUCUGCUCAACGCCAACGGAACCAAAGUGGCCGAAGGGCACAAAGCCAGUUUCUGUCUGGAGGACUCGGACUGCCAGGAAGGUGUAUCCAAGCGUUACGAGUGCGCCAACUUUGGAGACCAGGGCAUCACGGUGGGCUGCUGGGACCUGUACCGCCACGACAUCGACUGCCAGUGGAUCGACAUCACCGACGUCAAACCCGGAAAUUACAUCAUGCAGGUGGUCAUAAACCCCAACCUGGAGGUGGCCGAGAGCGACUUCACCAACAACGCCAUGAAGUGCAACUGCAAGUACGACGGCCAUCGAAUCUGGUUCCACAACUGCCACAUCGGUGACGCCUUCAGCGAGGAGGCGGAGAGAAGGUUCGAGAAGUUCCCGGGACAGUUGAACAACCAGAUUUCUUAAUCCCAACAUCCGACGGACGGACGGAGAUGUCACACCGGACAUUUUCUGCACUUGCUGUCAUUUUGUAUUUUUUUUUCGGCGAAACGAAAGGGAAGAUUUCGCUUUUGAGAAUCCGUCUCCGAGCCGUUCUUAGUUAUUUUUUGGGAUUCUUUUUUUUUUCUUCUUGUGAAUGUAUUUAUUACCUGUCAAAAGGUGCUCUAAAGAUUCCCAGGAUUAUUUUGUGAGGUGC